UUAUUCAUUUUUUCUUCCGUCUCCCCUCCUCCUCUCCGCCUCUCCUCUCCCGCGUUAUUGACAGCAUUUGGUAACCCUAGUUUCCAUUUCUGCAGCUUCAGUUUCUUCUGUAAAUCGUAUGUGACUUCGGGCUGCAAAGAACAGUAUUUUGAGGAUUUUGGCAUUUGUGAUGUUAUGGUGAGGCAUUUGAUUACCUGUAGAUUCUUCAGCUGCUUGUACUGACAAAGCAAAUUCCCAGUCCCUCCCCUUCAACUAAGAAAAAGUUCUUUCAAAAAAUGGAUCGCUGUGAUACCUCAGGGUUUGUAAGUGGGGGUGGGAUGUAUUCUUUCGGAAAACUCUAGGUUAGUUUUUUUUUUUUUCUUCUUCUUUUUUAUUGCCCCGGAAGUCAGGCAGGCAGCUUUUUUCUUUCAAUAUUUUCACAUCGACGUUUGGUCUGGAUAAGAUAAGAGAAUUGUAUCUUCAGCUGGUACAGAAUGGAUGCAAGGUUUCAGCAUUUGGGUUUCACUGUUAACUCUUCCUCAAAUGCAUUUGAGAAUCUAAGCAAUAAAGUUGGAACAGCUGGAGUUGGUUAUUGUGCAGAAACUGCCUUAAGGCUCGAUUCACCUGGUGUAUCUUUCCAUUCCUUUGCCUCCUCAAAGGGAACCAAGAGGAAAUGGAGUGCAAUUGAUGGAUCUAUUAGUUUCAAGGAUGGUUCUUCGCUGGCCCUUGGGCUAGGGCGUUCACCAAGUUCUUCUGAUAGCAAGGGAAGUUCAGAAACUGCUUGCACAACCAUGUCUUCAGCAAAAGAAAUUGAGGAGGAGUCAUCAAUGGACAUUGGCCUAGAUUUUGAUCUCCAUCUUGGCAUUGAGAAGGCACGAAGCCCAAAGAAACCUGCUGGUGCUACUCUGAAGCCACUGGAAGUAAGACCAAAAUUUGACCUUGAAUUAAGUCUUUCAACUGGGCCUGCUGAAUCUGAUAUCACUAGUGUCACUCCUGGCUCUAACCCACCUCAAAAUAUCUUUGGGAUGCCAUUGAUGGUUGGCACAGGCCUGCUUGUGGAUGAAGGAUCAACAUCAUCUCGGUGGAAACUUGGGAAUGCCAUUCUUCCAUUGCAUCCUGUGUGUAGUGCAGAGGCUAGCUUGCCUCCAAACAAGUUGCCCAAGCCCCACAGAACAGAUCCAGUUCCUGUCAUGCCAGACCUUUCAACGUCGAUGGUAACCUGUACAAAAAGCUCAGUCACCUGUACUUCCGGGGUUACUCAAAACCAACAGCAACGCAAUACUGGCACAAAGACCUGUCAGUUCAUGGGAUGUGGAAAGGGAGCCAGAGGUGCUUCUGGCUUUUGUAUUGCCCAUGGUGGUGGCCGGAGGUGUCAGAAAGCUGGCUGCCACAAGGGAGCUGAGGGCAGGACUGUUUACUGCAAGGCCCAUGGCGGUGGUCGUCGUUGCCAACAUCUUGGGUGCACAAAGAGUGCUGAAGGCCGCACUGACUAUUGUAUUGCCCAUGGUGGUGGAAGACGGUGCAGUCACGAGGGCUGCACCCGAGCAGCAAGAGGGAAGUCUGGUUUGUGCAUCCGACAUGGAGGUGGCAAGCGGUGCCAGAAGGAUAAUUGCACAAAGAGUGCUGAAGGCUUCUCUGGCCUCUGCAUAUCUCAUGGAGGUGGACGUCGGUGUCAGUUUCCAGAAUGCUCGAAAGGCGCUCAAGGGAGCACAAUGUUCUGCAAGGCUCAUGGUGGCGGCAAGAGGUGCACAGUUUUAGGAUGUACGAAGGGUGCAGAAGGGAGCACACCCUUCUGCAAGGGCCAUGGUGGAGGGAAAAGGUGUUCAUUCCAAGGAGGUGGAGCCUGUCCAAAAAGUGUCCAUGGAGGUACCCAUUUCUGUGUUGCUCAUGGGGGUGGCAAGAGAUGUGCUGUGCCAGAGUGCACCAAGAGUGCUAGGGGACGGACAGAUUACUGUGUCCGUCAUGGUGGGGGCAAAAGAUGCAAAUUUGAAGGAUGUGGGAAGAGUGCUCAAGGUAGUACGGACUUCUGCAAGGCACAUGGCGGAGGGAAGCGAUGCUCAUGGGGCCAACCAAACUCUGAAUUUCCUAGCCAAGAUGCUCCUUGUGACCGGUUUGCUCGGGGAAAGACUGGCCUCUGUGCUGCCCAUAGUGCCCUGGUGCAAGACAGGCGGGUGCAUGGGGGUGGAACACUUGCACUUUCGGUCCAAGAACCAAAACCUAGCAAGCCUGAGAAGAUGAAACAAGUUGUAAUGGAUGAUAUGCAUGUUGAUGUCAUGAAGAUGAGCAGUGGGAACUUUGCAGGCUGGAGUGGUUUUUAUUCAAAUGGGUAUAGGCAACCGGCAAUAGCACUGCAAUUUGCACCACAGGUUCAGUUUCCUCCAGGGAAAGCAGGGCCGCCAACUGGUCCAGUUUCGCUGCCGGAAGGUAGGGUUCAUGGGGGAAUUCUGAUGGCAAUGCUAGCAAGUGGUGCAGGCUUGACUCCUAGUAGUGAAAAUCAAGUAGUCGGCGGUCCAUCUGAGCCAGGGACAUCUAAUAAGGUUCCUGAGUGGAUGAAGUGAAUUGAGAAUGGAACCUAAUAGGUUUCAUGAUUUGGUUCUGACAGGUUCUAUGCUUUGUUUGGGGUCUUAUACUUCUUUUAGUUUAGCGAGUUGGUGUCUAUAGAUGAGAAAAAAAAAAAAUAAUGUUUUUUCUCAUUCAUUGAUUUCUGAGGUUAUGUGGUUAGAAGUGAUUCGUCUUCCACCCUUGUGAUACAAUAAGGGAUAAACUGGUACCAAUGUUUAGGUUUUCUACUGUAAAUAUUUAUAGUGUUAUGUGCAGGUUCAUGUGAAUACGUAGUA